AUGGGUAUUGCGAUGGACGAUGAUGAUGCCACGAAGGGUUUCCUUUGCACGCUUGACCGAUUUGAAGUCAUGUACCUAUCGUCGUUGGCUGGAUUGGCCCUCCUGGGCUCUGUGACAGCAAAUAACAACUACAUGUACCCGCGACAGACUCCUGCGCCGUCAACUACCACCGCGGCAGCACCACGAGUCACUGCCGUUACAGCAUGCCAUCUUCACGUAUCGCAAGUAUUUUGUCUGGCAGGAGAAACAGAAUAUCUCGUUCAGACGACCCCAACACAGACCACAAAUAUUCCAGCUCAAUUCACAGGAUGUCACAAUCAUGGUUCUGAUUUGUUCUGUCUUGCUCCCAACGGAGACGACGUACAAGUUCAACUCCCUACGUCAGGCGGUGACGAACACGGGGACGAACAUGGUCACGAUUCCAAAGACUCAGGAGAUAACAGCCACAAGCACUGUCAUUUCCAUGCCGGUGUAGAACAUUGUGUGGGAGAAAACGAGAGUGAAUCGCAACCAAAAUGUGAUACCCCUACAAGAAACUACAACGUGCCCCUACGAGUCGGCUUGCUCUUUGUCAUCAUGGCCACGAGCGCUUUGGGCGUCUUUGGCCCCAUCCUCCUCCACAGAGUCCUGCCCCGAAAGCUGUCCCUCGUCUUCACCAUCCUCAAACAAUUCGGCACCGGUAUAAUCAUCUCAACCGCCUUCAUCCACCUCUUUACCCACGCCUCCCUCAUGUUCAAUAACAAAUGCAUCGGCGAGCUGGGCUACGAAGCAACCACCUCGGCCAUCCUCAUGGCCGGAAUCUUCCUCUCCUUCCUCAUCGAAUACAUUGGUCAGCGAGUCGUCCUCGCAAAAACCAGGUCCUCUUCCUCGUUGACUAGGGAGCAGCAAGCACAGGCCUUGCUGUCCACUGAAGUUGUCAGCAUUUUGGUCAUGGAGGGCGGUAUUCUCUUCCAUUCCCUGCUUAUUGGCUUGACGUUGGUCGUCGCAGGAGAUUCCUUCUUCAUCAAAUUGUUCAUCGUCAUUCUCUUCCACCAAGUAUUCGAGGGUUUGGCACUUGGCACACGCAUUGCCACGAUUGGAAAUUGCGCCGAUGUACAGCUCCUGGCUCCUGCUACUGUUCAAUCAACCAGGGGGAACGAACACGAUACCGACAAGUCCUUGAAUAGUCCUACAGAGGAGACAAGAGACUCAUUGUCGUCGUUCGAACGGCAGCCCACAUUGUCCAUGAAGAAGAAACUCUGUCUCGCCGCUUUCUUCGCGUUUGUAACACCCAUUGGAAUGGCCAUCGGCAUUGGUGUUCUACAAAAGUUUAAUGGGAAUGACAGGUCCACCAUCAUUGCCAUUGGUACUUUAAAUGCCCUUUCUGCCGGUAUUCUAGUCUGGACUGGUGUGGUCGAGAUGUGGGCAGCCGACUGGAUGACUGGCUCUCAUGGUCACAAGGCGGAGCUGGCUGACGCUGAUAUGCUCACCGUCACCCUGGGAGGAUUUGGUCUGGUAGCCGGUUUGGUGCUGAUGAGUUUUUUGGGUAAGUGGGCGUAG